AUGGCUACUAUAUUACCUCCGUUAUCAAAGAAACAAAAGAGGGAGGCUCAACAGCCUUCAGAGCUGAAUUUGGUCCCAGAUGACUUACCUGAUGUGUUGGUGAAAUUCCAAGCUUUUGAUACUGGAGAUGCUGUUCACGGUUCUAUUAAAAUCCCGGGUGGUAUUACUGAGAAACAACUAGAUGAGCUGCUAAAUCAACUGUUAAAUAAUUCUGAAGAACCCGUUCCUUACAAGUUUAGUUGUAAGAUUGGAGGUAAGAAUAAGGACGAUCCUGAGCAGAUGAUAGAUAUUAGAGGAUCGCUUUACGAAACGCUAUUGAAACCUGGUUUGAAGACCACUGAAGAUUUUAUUACAUUGGUUUAUACGCCACAGGCUUUGUUCAAAGUGAGGCCGGUGACAAGAAGCUCAUCUGCCAUUGCUGGGCACGGUUCUACUAUCCUGUGUUCUGCAUUUGCACCACACACAAGCGGUAGAAUGGUCACUGGUGCUGGAGAUAACACUGCACGUAUCUGGGACUGCGAAACUAGCACACCGAUGCAUACUCUGAAGGGCCACUACAACUGGGUUCUUUGCGUUGCAUGGUCUCCCGACGGAGAAACGAUUGCUACGGGCUCUAUGGACAGCACUGUGAGACUUUGGGGUGCAGAAAAGGGCAAUGACCUUGGAGAGGCUCUUACAGGCCAUUCCAAGUGGGUGUCAUCUUUGGCCUGGGAGCCAUUACACUUGGUCAAGGCCGGCGAUAGGCCGAGACUGGCGUCAGCGUCGAAAGACGGUACCAUUAAAAUUUGGGACAUUACUAGAAGAGUAUGUCUGCUAACGCUAAGUGGACAUACCUCGACCGUUUCCUGCAUUAAGUGGGGUGGCCAAGGCAUCCUGUACAGUGGUUCUCACGACCGUACAAUCAGAUGCUGGGAUAUGAACGCGGGAGGAAAAUGUAUCAACAUCCUGAAAUCGCACGCCCAUUGGGUUAACCAUCUCUCGCUAUCCACAGACUACGCACUCAGGAUUGGACCUUUCGACCACACUUCAGUGAAGCCUUCUAGUCCAGAACAAGCUCGUGCCAGUGCAUUGAAAAACUACGAAAAGGUCGCCAAAAGGAACGGUGCAGUGGAAGAAUUCGUUGUCACCGCAAGUGACGACUUCACGAUGUACCUGUGGAACCCAUUGAAAAGCAACAAGCCCAUCACCAGAAUGACUGGUCAUCAGAAACUUGUCAACCACGUUGCAUUCUCGCCAGAUGGGAGAUACAUUGUAUCAGCUUCGUUCGACAACUCGAUAAAACUGUGGGACGGACGCGACGGAAAGUUUAUCUCCACGUUCAGAGGCCAUGUUGCCAGCGUUUACCAGGUCGCCUGGUCCUCGGACUGCCGCUUGUUGGUGUCGUGUUCGAAGGACACUACGCUGAAAGUAUGGGACUUAAGAACAAAGAAGCUGUCUGUCGAUUUGCCAGGUCACAGGGAUGAGGUGUACACGGUUGACUGGAGUGUGGACGGCAAGAGAGUGUGCAGCGGAGGAAAGGACAAGAUGGUGAGGAUAUGGACGCAUUGA